AUGGCUCAAUUGAAGAAUACGAAAACAAAACUCGAUUCAUUAGGUUAUACACAUCAUUGUAGAUUAAAUAAAGAAAAACAAAUAUCUUCUUUAUUUCUUUCUACAAAUGACAAUUUAUUAGACCCAUCAGAAAUUUUACUUUCCAAUUCAAAAUCACCACUGUGUCAAAAUGUUGAUAUUGUUAUUCCAGAGAAAAAAAGAACUGCUGAUCGUCUUUAUCAGUUACAACAAUUUCUUACCAUUAUCGGAAACCCAAUUAAACCUCAAGAUGAUCAAGCUAACAUUUCCCCUCCUUCUUCUCCAUUUUAUCAUUCGUUUAUAUUUGACGAUGAAUUACGCAAUUAUCGUAUACAAGAAUUCAUUGAAACAGAAAUCUCUUAUGUUGAAACUAUACGCGCUGCUUUGAAAUACGUUGUACGACCUUUAACGGAAACCAACAAGACCAUUCUUAAUACUUAUAAAUGUUCAAAGAUUUUCCUCAACUUAUCCAAUAUUUAUAAAGUCAAUCAAGACUUUUUAAAUGAAUUACAACAACUCUCCUCUGGUAAAACUUUUGGUGAUAUAUGCUCAACCCAUAUGACUCACUUCUCUUGUUACCGAAAGUAUCUUCUUGAACAACAUGAAGCACAAAACUUGCACACAAAGGAAAUGAAGUCUAAUCCAUUGUAUCGACGGUUUGUCACUCAAGCCAAGGAACAAGCUGUAUUCAAACGAAGACGAUUUCAAGAUAUUCUUUUGGAACCUGUUCAACGUAUUAGUAGAUAUGCAAUGAUGUUUAAAGAUAUAUUACAACUGACACCUCAAGAUCACCCUGAUUUUAUUGGAUUGAAGGAUGCCAGCAUGAAAGUACAAGAAAUAGCAAUAAUGGAUGAUGAUACUCCCACCAAGGUAGCCACUAUGUUUUUGAAUCUUUAUCAAGCUGUCAAAGAUUGUCCUUGUUCUUUGAUCAAUCCUAAUCGAUCUUUAAUUACUUUUGUUGAUGCUAUUGAAAUUCAACGUGAUACCAAUAAACCGGCAAGAACAGUAACUCUCUUCUUAUUUACUGACAAAAUCAUGAUAGCGACUCGACCACCAAAUCAACGUACCUCUGAAGAAUUAGAUAAUUGGAAAGAUGACCCACGAACUCCUUGUGGUGUUCCUGAUAUGAAAAAGAAUACAAAUAGAAAUAGUAUCCAUGGUGUUGUAUCUUUGACAAAUAGUUCAACUUCUUCUCCUUCUUCUGGAUCCUCUGGUUCGAAAAAAGAAUCAAACAUGAAAUUCAAAGGAUGGAUUGAUUUGGAACAUGUUGAAAUAUUUAAUGGAAACCAAGAUUUACAAGACUCAUUUCUACUACAUACCAUCACACCUAUUCAACCAAAAUCUGAACGACGGGAUUCACUAUCAUCCAUUACUUUUGAAAAAUAUUUUAGGAAAUGUCCUAGGCUAUUCAGUAUUAUUCAACAUCCCAACGAAACAACAACAACAGUUCAAGGAUUUAGAGAAGCAUUUGAGAAAGCAAAAGCACUGGCAAAGCAAUAUUCCGAAAAUGAUCAAGUUUAUCAAAGACAAUGGGAUGGUAUCAAUGUGUACAGUAACAUUUACAAUGUAGACGAUUAUAGGAUGGCCAAAACAAGAAACAAUAUGACUAUAUUAUAUAUGGAAGAUUCGGAUGAUUUGGAAUUACAAACAUUAUUUGGCAAUCUAACAUCUUUACCAUGGGUGAUUGCUGUUGUUCAAUCUGAUAUACGUGGUUUUCGAUUUCAUAUCUGUAGUCGUACAUCCUUACCUGUUACCGGGGAUAUCAGUUCUUCUGGCAAUACAACAUCUACUACACCAUCAUCAUCACAAACUAGUUCAACAUUAUACCCAGAUCAAACUAUUGAUUUUGAACGUGUCUUUUGGAACAAUAUUCUACUUUGCGAACGUAGACUACGACUGGCUCCUGUCUUUUCCAACAUACAUGACAAAGUCCUUCGUAAUGAAAUUCAACGAAAAUCAAAGUCAAGAUCUGUACCACGACCUCCUAGUCUGACUACUAUCAGUAAAUUAUUUAAUCAUGGGAUUGCAUUACCACUUUCUCCAACGUCUCCACGGGCCUCCUCUUCUUUCCAAGUAACACCAAUAUCAUCCAAAUCAAUGCCGAUGAAGUCACAACAUGAUCGCACACCAUUAUCGUCCAUUUCAACAACAUCAACGUCGAAACAAACUUCAACACUUUCCAACUCUUCAUGGAAUGAUUCUGCUAUCAGUUCACAUUCAGUUUCUUCAUCAUCAUCCAUUACAACAUCAUCAUUGUCAACGAAACCACCAGUGCUACGUCGUUUCGCCAGCAAAUCAUCCAAUGCUUUAUACUCAACUCGCAAACGAUAUGAUUCCUCUACAAAUGCCAACAUGAAUGAUCAAACAUAUCAUCAUCAAUGUUCUUCUUCAUCAGUACAUAACAAGGCUUCAUCAUUGAAUAUAUCAGAAAAUUCGACAAAAUCAUCUAUACCAACACCAUCACCAUCUCCACCAAUAUCAACAACCGAUAUGACCAAACGGAACGAAAGAACGCGAAGCUAUUCAUUUUCAACAUUAUCAUCAUCACUACAACGAUCAUCCAAUCAUGAAGUACCCAUACGACCAGUUACCUGUAGUGCCAUUGAUAGUCAUAGACGACACAAAGAAAGUAUGGUAUAUUCUUCAAAGGUUGACAAGAACCUCGGUGCUGUUCCGUCUGACAAAAACGUAUCAACAACAACGAUAACACAAUCUUCCAAUUCAUCUAUGAUACAGGAUUUAGGUAUUGGUGAACAACGACGACUCUCUACAUCUAGUCACUGCAGAUCGGAUACGUUAUCAUCAUUUAAAAGUACAAGUACAAAAAACUCUAGUGUAGCAAGUCUAGAGACGAUGGAUGAAUAUGAUGAUACUCAAGAAAUACAACGACAGCUAUCCAUGUCUCAACAUUAUCUUCAACAACAACAACAACAACAUGAACAAGUCUUAGAAGUAGUAGCAGGAGCCAUUGAAAAUAUGGGGAUGGAUAUUCAUGAAAAAUGGCAAAAGAUGACGGUGGAUUAUCAAUCACUUUUAUCUUCUUCGGCAUUGUUAGAUCAAAAAAGCAAUAAUAAGGGGACUUGGCAAAAUGCAUAUGCAAUGAUGAUCAACGAAACUUUCAGCAUGUUUACAGAUCUAACUACUGAAUUGGAACAAAUUGCGGCCAUUGUUAACACUCAUCGGAAUAGAUAGAUGGGUUAGUCAAAUAUAGUUUAGUAUAUUAAAAUGAAAAAAAUAAUAAAAAACCAUUGUCUCAGUCAUAUAAUAAUGAUUUGCUAUGUUUCACUUUUUAUCUUUUUUAGCAAAAGAAAAAGAAAUGAAAAAAGAAAUUAAAAAGCGCAUUUUGGUGAACGGGAGUCAUUUAAAAAAAUAG